CAGUAGAGCCGCAGCCCGGAAGUGACAGAAGAAUCGUCUGGCAGGACCCGCGUCCAUGUGUGUGCUGUCACAAGGGUGAACGGUCCGCGGAAAACCACCCCGACAACGCGUUUUUGUUUCCUCCAGCUGAAGGCCGCGGUAGACUACCUGAGUUUUAGCGGCAGGGAGCGACGCGGACAUGGCGACAUCCAGCCCGUGUGUUGUGAUCAGCGAUGAGGAGCAGGGUUAUGACUUGGACCUUUUCUGCAUACCAAAGCACUACGCUGCUGACCUGGAGAAGGUCUACAUCCCACAUGGUCUCAUCUUGGACAGGACAGAGAGACUGGCCAGAGAGAUCAUGAAGGAAAUGGGUGGACACCACAUCGUGGCGCUCUGUGUCCUUAAAGGGGGUUACAAGUUUUUCGCAGACCUGCUGGACUACAUCAAGGCGCUGAACAGGAACAGUGACCGCUCCAUCCCCAUGACGGUGGACUUCAUUCGCCUCAAGAGCUACUGUAACGACCAAUCGACUGGUGAGAUCAAAGUGAUCGGUGGAGACGACCUGUCCACUCUGACGGGCAAGAAUGUCUUGAUCGUGGAGGACAUUAUCGACACAGGGAAGACAAUGAAGACAUUACUGCAGCUGCUCAAACAGUACAAUCCCAAAAUGGUUAAAGUAGCAAGUUUGCUGGUGAAGAGGACACCGAGGAGUGUUGGCUACCGACCGGACUUUGUUGGAUUUGAGGUCCCUGACAAGUUUGUGGUUGGAUACGCACUAGACUACAACGAGUACUUUAGAGAUCUAAAUCACAUCUGCGUCAUUAGUGAAACGGGGAAGGAGAAGUACAAGGCAUGAAGAGCACCUCGUAACAGUUUUUAAUGUAUGGAUCUAUCAUUUCCUUUUGCUGUUCAUUUUAUAUUUGAUCACUUCACUUUGUGUCAUAAGGAAACAUUCUCAGGCUGCUCAGGGUCCCUGAGGAUACACUGAUAAAGUGAUAAUCCUGCUUUUGUGUUUUAGUCACCACACAUGUUGGAUUCACCUUUUUAAUUAUGGACUGCCUUAGAGACGACAGAGUCUGGGUUAAACAGCAUGGAGCCCGGCUUCACCUGCACUUAGUUUAAUGCUUUUAUUCUCCCUCGCUGGUUCAUUUUAAAUUUUUUUUCUUUGAUUUUUUUUAGCAGUGGAAUAAUUUAUUCAGAGCAAUGCUGCGAGCUGAUAAGAUUCCCAAACUUUUAUGAAAUAUUUUUGUUGAUGUCCUUCUUAUCUUACCUGGGACUAUCAGUGGCUGUUUUAUGGGCACUCUUAAAGAGGAUGUUGCAUUUUCUUUUAAGUCUGUAUGUAUAUUUUGGGACAAAACUUUUCUACGGGACCGUGCUGUGUGAUGAGGUUUUCUUCAGAUACACUGUGUACAAAAAAAACAAAGUAACAUGAGUGUUGGCUGCUGUCCCUAAUAAACACACAUUGAUAUCCUGAAGAUGAAAUAUCCUCUUAUUUAGGAGCCUUGAUGGAGUCUGUGUCCAAACAAAGCGUUCGAUUCAUCCGCUCUCUUUGUAAAAGACACUGAAUCCUUCUAAUGCUGAAAACGUGAUCGUUUACAGAUGUCUCAGUGUUCAGUUGAUGCUUCAACUGAGUUGAAAGUUAAUCAAUCAUGUGUGCUGAAUCUGUAUCUACCACCUAACAAUGAAUCUAAUUUAAUUUAACUAUUUCCUCACCCCCCCCCCUUUUAAAAUUUUUUUUUUUAUUUUAACCAAAUGAAGCGUGCACAUCCAGUCAUUCUGUAAUCCUGAACAUUGCAAUACCAGCCAUUAAAUGUUCUCAACUCCUCCUGUGA